AUGCGGCCGCGAGUGCGCGGAGCAGCAGGGCAUGCUGCAGGAGGGCGACAUCCUCAGCCUGGUGCGUGGUGGCGGUGGUGGCCUCUCUCUCCGUCUCCGACUGCCCCAGUCAGCGCAGUGACAGGAACCUCCUUCCUCGCUCUGUGUGCUGCACGUUGUUUUCGUUUCGCGGAGCUGCAACUCGAUCGCUUUCUGACCUUCUUGGCCGCGGACGCACAGCCCCCCGGCCUCCGCAACGCCGACGCGGACCCCCACAGCCUGUGGCCGCACCGCGAGGUGGUGCUGGACCUGGCGCCGGGCGAGUGGUCCCCGCAGGACCUGCGCCUGCUGCAGGACGCGCUGCAGGACAUCGAGCGCGAGUCGUGCGUGCGCUUCGUGCGCCGCACCAACCAGACCGACUACCUACUGCUCAAGCACACCGGCCACAGCUGCGCCUCCAUCGUGGGCUUCCAGGAGGGCGUCGGCCCCAUCCCCACCUUCCUGGGCGGCUCGGGCUGCCUGCGCAAGGGCACCAUCCAGCACGAGAUGCUGCACACGCUGGGCAUGUGGCACGAGCACACCCGCCCCGACAGGGACGAGCACGUCACCGUCCUCUGGGGGAACAUCGCUCCCGGACGUAAGCCCAACUUCCUGCGCCGCCCCCCGGGCACCGUGCGGACCCUGGGACUUCCCUACGAUUACGGCUCCGUCAUGCACUACCGCUCCGUGGCGUUCUCCAGGAACGGACUUCCCACCAUCGUGCCUAAGGUGGUUCAAGGCUUGCCGCUUAUGGGUCAAAGAAGAAGAUUUAGUCAACUUGACAUUGCAAAGCUUAACACUUUGUAUAAUUGCCCCGCUCCUUACUAUCGUAAAGAGAGUGUCUAUUUAGACAAUUUGUUGAUCAAUUUGAUUGAAGACAGUUUCCCAAAAAGAACUAACCACAACAUCUUACAGGCUACCUGAUUUGUGUAUUGGAGAUGGGUGAGUAAUGUGAAGGGAAUAAUAAAGAAGACAUUC